AUGAUGAUGAUGAUGAAAGUAGAAGAGCUGGUGACUGGAAAGAAAGCCGACGAUAAAGAAACAGGCAGCUUCCUCUCUGAGGACUUCAAAAACGGAGAGUAUGAAGCUGCUGUUAGACUAGAGAAGCAGGAGGACUUAAAGACAGUCUCUGCACACUCACUGACCAGAGGUGAUCAGGAUUAUGAGAAGGAGAAGAAACGAGAAGCAGAGCUGAAGAAGAAGAAAUUAGAGGAAAGGUCAAAACUUGAAAACUUGGAGGAUCUUGAAAAAAUCAUUCAGCUGAAAAAGAAGAAAAGAUGCAAGAAAGUGAAAGUGCCUGUUUUAAAGGAACCUGAACCAGAAGUUAUUACAGGACCGGUGGAUAUACCCAUGUUCUUUAGAGCUGCACUGCAGAAUAAGUUGCCAGUAAUUGAAAAAUACCUGUCAGACAAAGGAGAUCCAAAUGUCUGUGAUGAGUACAAACGCACUGCAUUGCACAGGGCAUGCUCCGAAGGACAUCUAGAGGUGGUGAAAAAGUUGGUGGAAGCUGGAGCCCGGCUUGAACAGAAAGACAUGCUUGAAUCUACAGCCCUGCACUGGGCAUGCCGGGGGGGGAAUCUGGAUGUUCUGAAAUACUUACUGGACAAAGGGAUAAACAGAAAUGCGAGAGACAAGCUGCUCAGCACCCCUUUGCAUGUGGCUGUGAGAACGGGCCAGUACGACUGUGGGGAGCACCUCAUCGCCUGUGAAGCUGAUCUCAACGCCAGAGAUAGAGAAGGAGACACGCCACUGCAUGAUGCCGUCAGGCUGAACCGCUACAAAAUGAUCCGGCUUUUGAUUCUGUAUGGGGCAGAUCUCACCAUAAAGAACUGCCAAGGGAAAACUCCUAUGGAUCUUGUUCUUCAGUGGCAAAACGGCACCAAAGAGAUAUUCAACAGCCUGAAAGACAAUUCCUAUAAGAGUGUUCACGUAGGCAAGUGCUGA